AUGGCCAAUCAAAGUGUGCCAGCUCGUACCGCUGUUGCUGCAAGAUUAUUCAGCGCAGAGAGCAGCGUAGAUAGCGGCUCGGCGGGUCAGCAGCUAAUCGCGUCGCUAUUGGUCGAGCGGCUGCCUGUCGUCAUCCCGAAGCCUCCCGAAUGGGCUCUCAAAUACGAGACGUUUAGUUUCGAGCGGAAGCAGCAAUACCGCAAGCAGUAUCCUAAAGAUUUUAUGGACGCGGCCUCUUCGACCAAUGCAGGCGCGGAGGGCGAGGGCGAGGAGGAGGACGAGUACUGGGCGGCCGUCUUAGACGCGCCGUUUGACGCGCCUUCCAGACGAACCGCUGCUGACGACGCCAAUGACGUCAGGUCCCUGCAGCGUGCACUGGACAAGCGCCUGUACCUGCUGCUCAAGGGGCCCUCGCUUGCCGGCCAAUCAGGCAGCGACACGUGGCACUUCCCGGAGAAGCUUUAUGAAGGCGAAGACUCCAUGCGCCAGUGUGCUGAGAGGGCAGCAGCAGCAUCCCUCGGCUCCUCCCUCGAUCGCUACUUUGUCGGCAAUGCUCCCUGCGCCCACGCUCCCAUGGCUGCAGCCACGGCGUUCUUUUUCCGAGCGCAUGUCCUCGGAGGGGAGUUCCAACCAGCUUCCGGGACAAUAAAAGAUUUUGCGUGGGUGAGCAAGGCGGAGAUCCUAGAGUACGUGGACCUCUCAGCCAUCCCUGAGGGAACCAAGCUCUUCCAGGCACUGCUCACGGACGAGUGA